CCUAUCGAAGGGUAACCCGAGCCCAGAGAAACCCGCGGCGGCGGUGCCAGCACCCAGCCGCCGCGGUCGGGGCCGGCUUUCCGCAGGGGCGGCCGGGGGCGCGGGGGGGUGCGCGGGCGGCGGCCGCGCCAUGCAGUACCAGCCUCCGGGCGCGGCGCCGGCGGCGGCCCUGGGCGUCGGCGUCCCGCUGUACGCGCCCACGCCGCUGCUCCAGCCCGCGCACCCCACGCCCUUCUACAUCGAGGACAUCCUGGGCCGCGGCCCCGCCGCCGCCCCGGCCCCCCACUCCCUGCCCGCCCCGCCGCCGCCGACGCUGCCGUCGCCCAACUCCUCCUUCACCAGCCUGGUGUCCCCGUACCGGACACCCAUCUACGAGCCGACCCCCAUCCACCCGGCCUUCUCCCACCACCUCGCCGCCACCUACGGCACCGGCGCCUACGCCGGGCCCCUCUACUCCUUCCCCCGCGCCGUCGGCGACUACGCGCACGCCCUGAUCCGGCAGGACCCCCUGGGGAAGCCGCUGCUGUGGAGCCCCUUCAUCCAGCGGCCCCUGCACAAGAGGAAAGGGGGCCAGGUCCGCUUCUCCAACGACCAGACCAUCGAGCUGGAGAAGAAGUUCGAGACGCAGAAAUACCUCUCCCCGCCGGAGAGGAAGCGCCUGGCCAAGAUGCUGCAGCUCAGCGAGAGGCAGGUCAAAACGUGGUUUCAGAAUCGCAGAGCCAAAUGGAGGCGUCUAAAGCAGGAGAACCCUCAGGCCACCAAAAAAGAAGAAGUGGAAGGUGCUGACAAUCACAGUGACCAAAGGCCGGAGAGCUGCCCGACCCCCGAGCAGAAGGGUAAGGAGGUGUCCCUGGAUGGCUCGCAGUACACCCCCUCGCCAGCCUCACAGGAGGACCUGGAGUCAGACGUCUCUGAUGACUCCGAUCAAGAAGUGGACAUUGAAGGCGAUAAAGGCUAUUACAAUCCUACCCACUAACGGCCCCAUGUGGAGAGUGGACCCUAACUCGGCUUGCACUUUACCAGGGGCUGGUUUGGAAGAAUAUUAUGCUACAGGAGAAAACUUUCACGGUUCCACUGAAAGAAAAAAAAAAAACAAAACAAUUUGUUUUAUAAUAAGCAGAGAAAGAAAGAUGUAUUUUCUGCAAAGAGUCAAUUUUUGGCAGAUCUCUAAUUUGGUUAAAGGAACAUGGUUUGUAUUUAAUUAUUUGUAAGAUAUAUUUGUACAUUAAUCGAUGUUGCAACUGGAAUAUAAUACUGCACCCUGUCCUUACUCACAGGGGGUCUGAAUCAGCUGCUGUUGGUGAUCAAGCAAAACUCCUCUCUAGUUAGCGUGGAAGUGAGUAUGGAUUGGAGGACUAAGCCCUUUGUAUGUGUAAACAAAUGUAGUUUAAAUAGAUUAAUUUAAACGCCCUUUGCAAGCAGAGAAACAUGUUCUGUGAAACAGGGAGGGAUUUGACCAUCCCGACAAGUGCCUUAUGCUCUCAACCUUUUACCUGCCAUGGUGCUCUCCACUGAGACAUCCUUCCGUUCAUCAGGUAGAAUCUUUGGACAGACUGAGUUUUGCUCUCGCGUAAAAUGAAAUGUGCCUUCUCAGAUUUUUGAGGACUUUUCCCCUCCAUCUGGAUGAUUCCAUUUGCAGGAAA